UAUAUGGCAACACUCUUCCAUGUAUACAAGCGCAUUCUGGACAACGUUUAGUUUUGUUUUGGAAGUAGGUGUGUUUGCAUAUUAAAAUGGCUGACCAAAACGAAAUCGUAAAUGCUCUAGUUUGUGCAUAUAUUAGCGAACAAGAUGAAUCUCUUGGUAAAAAGCUGGCCAAGAAAAUCAGUGCACCACAGUUGCCGUCAGGUUCUCCUGAUGUUCGAGAAAUAGUACAACACUUCAUGAAAACUGCCAGCAAGAAACGCAGAGAGAGCCUUGAUUCCCUGAGCUCACCUGCCAAGAAAACAAAAGGCACUCCUGGAGGCAAAUCUGGGAUACCAAAUGGCACUCCCACACAUGCCCCCAAAGCUGUGAAUGGAAACUCAAAAUCUAAAGAAAGCUCAUCAGAAGAUGAUUCCAGUGACGAAGAAGAGAAAAAGACUCCAUCAGCCAGCACGAAGCCCCAGACAGUCAAAGUUGUGAGACCAACAGCUCCUGCAAAGGAGAGUUCUUCAGAGGAGGAAUCAGAUUCAGAUGAAGAAACAACCCCUGCAGUCAAAAGUCCUGCCGUAAAAACCCCUGCCGUAAAAACCGCUGCCGUAAAAACUCCUGCCGUCAAAACCCCUACCACCAAGUCUGCCCCUUCAAAGGAAGAAUCAUCUUCAGAGGAAGAAUCUUCUGAUGAAGAAGAGGAAGUUAAGCCUACCCCCAAAGCUGUAGCCAAGAAACCUGUUGCCGCCAAGCCUGCCGAGUCCAGUUCAGAAGAGUCUUCAGAGGAAGAAGUAUCAAAACCGGCUUUGAAGAAACCAGCUACCCCUGCUGCCAAGUCUCCUGUCAAAGCUGUAGCCAAGAAACCUGUUGCUGCUAAUCCAGCUGAGUCCAGCUCAGAAGAGUCCUCAGAGGAAGAAGAAAAAGUAUCAAAACCGGCUUUGAAGAAACCAUCUACCCCUGCUGCCAAGGCUCCUGUCAAAGCCUCAGCCAAGAAAGAAUCGUCUUCUGAGGAAGAUUCUUCUGAAGAAGAAGAAGAAGCGAAGUCCACCCCUAAAGUUGCAGCCAAAAAACCUGUUCCCGCUCAGACUGCAGAGUCUAGUUCAGAAGAGUCGUCAGAGGAAGAAGAAAAGGAAGUUGUAAAACCGGUCGCAAAGAAUUCUGCUACCCAAGCUGCCAAACCUGGCAAGAAGGAAUCUAGUUCAGAAGAAACGAGUUCAGAGGAGGAAGAGCCUGCUCCAAAGAAGCCAGCUGCUGUUGCAAAGAAUCCAGUUGCAAAACCUGCGAAGAAGGAAUCGUCAUCUGAGGAAUCUAGUUCAGAAGAAUCUGAUGAUGAAGAGGCAUCUAAACCUGCUGCCAACAAGCCAGUUGUGGCAAAAAAUAAGCACAACAGUUUUGAUGAGCAGGAAAAAUAUAAGCAAACUCCCGCUCCCGAGUUCAAUAACAAAAAGCGUGGGCGUGAAUCCGACGGUGAUAAUUUCAAUAAUAAUAAAUUCUCCAAGUUUGAAUCUCAAGAGUCGAACUCUGUUCCUGAGUCAAACGAAUUAUUUGUUAAUAGGCUUGACAAAUCGUUCACUAAUGAGCAUUUAGAAGAAUAUUUCAAACAGUUUGGCUCAGUAGAAAGAGCACGCGUUGCUGUGGACCGAGAAACUGGAGAAUCAAGAGGCUUUGCCUUUGUCACCUUCAGCUCUCCCGCUGAAGCCAAGGCCGCUAUUGCUUCCGGCAGUUGCCACGAGCUCGAGGGCUUCAGUUUCUACGCUCGUCUGAGUGAGCCUAAACCUGAUGACGGCGGGCAACUUCUGCCCAAACUUGCGAUGCCCCCGGUUUUCGACACGAAGCGCAGAAGAAGCGAGCCCUUUCGUCGUGUGCGCGCUGAGGAGGUGAAGGUGGACCCUCGCUUCAACAAUUCUUUCACUGCAAAGAAAAGCGGAGCUUCGGACUGGGGCACGAAGGCUCACAAGGAUCUCAUUCACACCAAGGGCAAAGGCUUCCGUCACGAGAAGAACAAGAAGAAACGAGGGAGCUACAUAGGAGGCUCCAUCGACACAGGCGUCAAUUCCAUUAAAUUCGAAUAAGUACUCGAGUUACGCUUGCAAGCAUUUGAUUGAUGAUUCAUUUAGAAGUUGCCUUUGCAACCUCGUGUAUAUCGGUCAUUAAUUGCCGGCUUGUACAAUGGCCAAAGUGCCUCCUGAUAUCUAACUCGCAAUCCAUUCAUUUGUAUAGGUGCUCAUAGCAUAUGAUUGUAUGUCAAAAUCGGUAAGAAUUUCAUUUCAUCUUAUCGGUAAAAUAGUUUAAGCAAGCCUGGCUGGUGGAGUUGACAUGCUGUUAGUUCUGUUCAUUCUGACGAGCCAGUGUCCUGGUGUAGGGUGAAACUGAAGCCUGCGUUGGAAAAAAAAUUGAAAAAAAUAUCUAUGUAUUUCUUUGAUUCAGUUUAAGGAAGCACCAGGUUUGAUAUGAGUUAUAUUUUUUUGACUUCAUUCCCGUGUAAGUAGGAAGAAAAUAGUAACAAGGAAUAAGUUGGUUCCCGCUAAUGAACCUAGGGCAUUGUCGCUGUCUCAGCCUAUUAUCAAUUUGAUCUGACAUUAAAUUUCAAUACAAAGUUAAAAUCUAA